AGCAAGCUAGCUACGAGCAGCAGCAAGCUACGGUAUACUAGCUAGCCGCCGCCGAGGGCACGGCGCCCUGGCCCUAGCCGGCCCUGUGCAGUGCUAGCGCUACUAGCUCUGGCAUAUAUCGGUAUGCGGACGCACAACCGCGAAGUCCUUCUCUCAGAAUUUAUCCGUUUGAAGCUUUGGAUGCAUAUGCCAUAGAGAUUGAGCUGAGCAAACGCUAAUUCUACGGGAUUUACCUUCAUCCAGGACAACCUUUUUGUUGUCUAUUGCCUUGUCGGGAAUUUAGCGAGCCAUUGAUCUCCAAUUUUCGCUUUGAUUGAUCCGUGCAUACAAAAACAAAGCUGCAUUCAGAUGCUGAUGAUAUUCUGUGACUUCAGUGUCUCAUGUAACUUUGUGUCUGUCACUCUCACGACUCGUGUGACUCAGAGUCCCAAGACCCGGACGUCCUUCCUCCUAUGCGCUAAUCUCCAGGAGGCCUUCUGUGCUCUCUCAUUAACAAGUCACCUCUCCUACACGAAGAUCCAUAUUCCACGGAAUACAUGAGGAUUGCUGGCAAGGAGCAAACGACAUCCUUUUAGGGACUGAUUUGAAUCUCAAACUCAGAGAAGUUGUCCUAGAGUCUUCUAGCAGGAGUCAUUGCUUGUGGAUUUUUCACGGAACAUUCGGAUAAACACGAGAUGUAUUAAACUAAAGCUAGAGAGCGGACGGGAAGACAAGUUGUCAUGACUGUGCGUUUCAUGUCAAAUGCUUGAUCCAUCCUGAAUUAUCCAAAUUAUCUUUGAUGAAUUUGAGGAAAAGUAGAUCAUUCUUGCACUUGUUGCAUGUUCAUAACCGUUAUCUACAGGAAAUACAAUAACGGAUAUCGCAGCAGAGUUCUGGAGACAAGUAUGGGGAACGCUUCACAAAAAUAAUCCUUCAAUAAUUGGAAGUUAUCGGAAUCAUUGGAUGACGUUAAUAUCCUUCAUCCUUGUAUAUUAUUUUGUCAUUUGGAAUAAAUAGGAUCGAUAAAUCAAGAUGCCCUCAAGACGUAAUAAAUACAAUUUAGUAGAGGAUGCCUACGAUACGCGCAUACCACUUCACAGUGAGGAAGCCUUUCAACAUGGAAUACACUUUCAAGCAAAGUAUAUUGGUACCCUUGAUGUGCCCAGGCCAAGCAGCAGGGUGGAAAUUGUAGCAGCAAUGAGAAGGAUAAGGUAUGAAUUCAAAGCAAAAGGAAUCAAGAAAAAGAAAGUCAACCUUGUUAUAUCUGUCGAUGGCAUCCGAGUUGUCUUACGGAAAAAGAGAAAGAAGGAGUGGGAAUGGGAUCAAGACAGACUGAUUCUCAUGCAACAUCCAAUUUACAGGUAAGAUUAUCUCUUAAUCUCUACAGACAAGAUUAUUCAAAGAUGAAAAUGUCUUCUCAACUCAUCAGCAUUGAUCUUGCCAAAUCAUUUGGAAUGGUAUCAUUUUGAUUGAAAUGUCAUUUUGAUUAGAAUUAGCAGAUUGAACAAAGGGAUACAAUCUGCUCAUGAAAAAUAUCAUAUAAGGGAGAGAGAAAAAAGCUGAAGAAAUGAAAUGUUUUUUUUAUUGAGUAUAAAGCAAAAGAGUUUGAAUGGAUAAAAGGUGGCAGUGUAGGUAAAGAAAUGUGCGCAUUGAUGGUAGAGUGGUAGGAGGGAAUGAGAGAAGUAAUAGGAAGUGAUGGAGGGAAAGAUCAUUGGAAGAAAACAAAGAUGAAGGAGAGGAUGUGAGGAAGGGGGAAGAGGAGAAAAAUAAGUGAUAUCAUAUGAUAGAGCAGGGGGGGGGAGAGAAAGGCAUAAAGAGGAGUGAAAGUUCAACAAUAGAUCAUAAAGAAAAAAGAAAAGAUGGAGGAGGAGAUCAGUAGGAAGAAUGCGAGAGAGAAGAAGGAAGUUGGAAGAUAGAAGAAAGAGAGAAGUAUCAUAGACAAUUCUCUGAUCCAAAAUGACAUUUAAUAUACAUUUUUUUUAUUUUCUUGUAUCAGAAGAUUUGAUUAGAUGUACCUGACUAUUCUAUUCUGUCCACCUACACAUCUGUUGAAGAAAUAAGGGUUGAUUUUCUAUACAGAUCUAAAAUAUCCCGAUUCA